CAGGCGAUUCCUUCCGUGUGUCGGCGUCACUUCACGGACACUUCCUGCACAGGUACCAGCUUUUUUGUAAAGCAAUAACUACCUUGAUUUUGUUACCUGUUGAACUGGCAUGAUGGUGAACUGCUGUGGUCUGCUCACUUCCAAUAAAGAACCAGUUCCUCUGAAGAGCAUUGAGGUGCAGCUGGAGGUGAGGGACCAUGUGGCUACAGUGGUCUCCACUCUGAACUAUGAGAACAAGGAGGACAAACCACUAGAGGCUGUCUUUGUCUUCCCUCUGCCUGGAGAUGCAGCUGUCUGUCAUUUCAGUGCUACGAUUGGACAGACACAGAUUGUAGCUGAGGUGAAGGAGAAACAGCAGGCUCGGGAGGAGUAUGAUGACGCGCUGAGCUCCGGUCAGCAGGCCUUCCUAUUGGAGGAGAGUGAGCAGAGUCCAGAUAUAUUCUCUCUGAGUGUGGGCAGUCUGCCUCCAGGAGAGAGCGCCUCCAUCAGGCUGGAGUACGUCACUGAGCUGGCUGUGCAGGCUGAUGACGGGCUGAGGUUCUGUCUGCCUGCUGUGCUAAACCCUCGCUAUGAACCACAGGGAAGUGGAGGGAAUGAAGUUGCCAGUGUCCAGGUGACUUCUGUUCCAGCCUCUCUGGUUCCCUACAGUCUGUCUUUUUCUGCCCGAGUGUCCUCUCCUCGUCCAGUCUCUAAAGUAGAGUCCAGCUGUUCCCUGGACCCUCUGCAGUACCUCAACACAGAGCAGACCCAGGCCACGGUCAAGUUGGCUGCAGGACACAAGUUUGACAGGGAUGUUGAACUGCUGAUUUAUUACAAAGAUGCCCACCAGCCCACUGCUGUGGUGGAGGCAGGACAGGCCUCUGCAAAGCCUGGCACUCUGAUGGGUGAUCCAGUAGUGAUGCUGAGCCUGUACCCUGAGUUCCCUCAGUCUGUGAUGUCUUCAGUUUCCUCAUGUGGAGAGUUUGUGUUCUUGAUGGAUCGAUCUGGGAGUAUGGGUUCGCGUAUGAACAACAGCGAGAGUCACCAGACUCGCAUUAGCAGUGCCAGGGAUACUCUACUGCUCCUGUUGAAGAGCUUACCAAUGGGCUGCUAUUUCAACAUCUACAGUUUUGGGUCCAGUUAUGAACACAUCUUCCCUAAGAGUGUGGAGUACAGCCAGGAGACCAUGGAGGAGGCUCUGAAGAAAGUUGAGGUGAUGGAUGCUAAUCUGGGAGGAACAGAGAUUUUGAAGCCACUCAAACAUAUUUACAGCCAGCCCUGCAUUCCCAGCCAGCCCAGACAACUGUUUGUCUUUACUGAUGGAGAGGUGUCCAACACCAAAGACGUGAUAAAUCUGGUGAAGAAGAAUUCAGGUUCUCACAGGUGUUUCUCCUUUGGGAUUGGAGAAGGAUCCAGCUCUGCUCUUAUCAAUGGGUUGGCCAAGGAAGGAGGAGGUCACGCUCAGUUCAUCACAGGGACUGACAGGAUGCAACCUAAAGUGAUGCAGUCACUGAGAUUUGCUCUGCAGCCAGCAGUGGUGGACAUCUCAGUUACCUGGGAUUUACCAAAGGGAGUGUCUGUCACUGCUCUCUCUCCACCAAUCACAACACUUUUCCAGGGUCAAAGGUCACUGAUUUAUGCCCAGCUCACUGGACAGAGUUCAGAUGCAGCAGAGGGCUGUGUGACAGUGAAGUACAGCCUGGCAGGUCAUCCCUCUCAGAACCAGCUCCACUUCAGUCUCAAACCUGAGGAGGACACGGGACUAACAGUCCACAGGUUGGGUGCUCGGACUCUGAUUCGCUCCCUGGAGAUGGAGGAGAGAGAGCACAGAGGACAGCAAGAUGGAGGAGUGAAGGAGAAGGUGGUGGAGCUCAGUGUCCAAUCAGGAGUGAGCAGCUCCUUCACUGCCUUCAUUGCUGUCAACAAAGGCAACAACGAGCCGAUUCGAGGACCUCUGGUGCGAAGAGAUGUUCCAAUACCCAGGAUGAUGGCACUUGGUUAUGCCAUGCCCAUGCAGGGGUCAUUAUGCCUCAGUGCUCUGCAAUCCUGUGAUGCUCUAGGCAGUGUGAAGUCUUGUAGCACCAGACUUGCAAUGAACAGCUUUUGCAGCACAGGCAUGUUCUUAGGUAAGAAGAAGCACAAAAAAGGUCGGAUACCUACACAGGCUCUAAGUGCAGUGGCGGGUUGCAGUGAUGUUGAGUCUAUGAAUGCCACCAUAAUCAAGCAGCCAUCCAGAGACCCUUUGCUGCAGUUGGUCUCCCUCCAGAAGGCGUCUGGCUGCUGGGUGCUGGAUCCAGCUCUGGCUGCUGCACUGGGAAAGACCAGCGAGGAGGUGGAGAAACCAAAACCUGCAUCGGUGAACCAGGAAGUGUGGGCCACCAUCCUGGCUCUGAUCUGGCUUCAUGGUUUCAAGAUGGAUGCUAAGGAAGAGUGGGAGCUUCUGGCUAUGAAGGCUGUGUCAUGGUUCCGUGCUCAGAAUGCACCAUGUGUGGCAGAGUGUGUGGAAGCUGGAAAUACACUGUUAGGUUGUGCGGUGCAGAGAGAUGUCCUGGGGCUCUGAGCUUUUAAUGAAACUGACUUCUCUUUAAAAUGGGUGCACAGAAGAAGAUUCACUCAAUCUUUGUCAACAUUGUACCAUAUGAUCUGCCUUGUAACAAUGAAAUCUUGUUGUUUUUAUGCUUAAGUACAUUGGUACCUAUUUUGGUUUUGUCACUUCUCAGAGCAGCGCUAAAUACUUGAAGUAAAUACUUGAAGUAUAUCAAGUAAAUGAUGCCUUUGAUAUCAGUAUCUAUAACAACUGAAAAUUAAACUUGAGCUUUGAACAAAAUGAA